AUGGCCAACCAAGCUCCUAACAAAGUUCAAGAACGCCUUACGCAGGUCGAGGGCCAUCUCAUGGGUGGAAGUGGGAGUCCUGGGGCUGCGGGCUCCAAGGGAAAGAAGGGGUUGUUGGAGAAGAAGGCUGAUGACAUUGUCAUAACCUGCGCCCUCCGCACCGCUUUCACCAAGGGCGGAAAAGGCGGCUUCAAAGACACGCAAGCCUCGGACCUCCUCCAUGGCGCCUACAAAGCACUCCUCCAACGCUCCGGCAUCGACCCCAACCUCGUCGAAGACAUCGCCGUCGGCGCCGUCCUCGCUCCAGGAGGCGGCGCAACCGAAUUCCGCGCCGCAGCCCUCGCCGCCGGCUUCCCAACCACAACAGCCGUCAAAUCGCUGAACCGACAAUGCUCCUCCGGCCUGCAAGCCUGCGUCGACAUCGCCAACGCCAUCAAGAGCGGCAUGAUCGAAAUCGGCAUCGGCGCCGGCGCAGAAAGCAUGAGCACACAGUACGGUCCCGGCGCCGUCUCUGAGUUCUCCGAACUCCUCGAGUCGCACAAGGAGUCUGCGAACUGCAAAGUCCCCAUGGGCGUCCUCUCCGAGCAAAUGGCGAAAGCAAAGAACAUCCCCCGUUCCGAGCAAGACGCCUUCGCCGCAUCCUCCUUUCAGAAAGCCGUCGAGGCCCAGAAGAACGGUCUGUUCGACGAGGAAAUCGCACCUCUCCAGGUCAAAUGGACAGACCCCAAGACACAAGAAGAACAAACCAUCACCGUAUCCAAGGACGACGGCGUCCGACAAGGCAUAACCGCCGAGUCUCUCGGUAAAAUCCGCCCCGCCUUCUCAAAAGACGGAUCUAUCCACGCAGGCAACGCCUCGCAAAUCUCCGACGGCGCCGCCGCCGUGCUCCUCAUGAAACGCAGCACCGCCCAGCGCCUCAACCAACCCAUCAUCGGAAAGUUUGUGCAAGCCUCCAUCGUCGGCGUCCCGCCGCUCAUGAUGGGCGUGGGCCCCGCUGCUGCUAUCCCCGUUGUGCUCGAGAAGACGGGUCUCGAUAAGCAGGAUGUGGAUAUCUGGGAGAUUAACGAGGCGUUUGCUAGUCAGUGUCUUUACUGCAUUAAUGAGCUGGGGCUGGAUGUUAAGAAGGUCAAUCCUAAGGGUGGUGCGAUUGCGUUUGGGCAUCCGCUUGGUGUUACGGGUGCGAGGCAGGUUAGUACGCUGCUUACGGAGUUGAGGAGGACGGGCAAGAGUGUGGGUGUUACGAGUAUGUGUGUGGGUACUGGUAUGGGUAUGGCUGCUGUUUGGGUUGCGGAGUAG